CCGAAAACCCCACAAUGGAUGAUUUUGAACGCCGCAGAGAACUCAGGAGGCAAAAGCGGGAGGAGAUGCGGCUGGAAGCAGAGAGAAUUGCCUACCAGAGGAACGAUGAUGAUGAAGAAGAGGCCGCCAGGGAACGGCGCCGCCGAGCCCGACAGGAAAGGCUGCGGCAGAAACAAGAAGAAGAGUCCUUGGGCCAGGUGGCCGACCAGGUGGAGGGCCAUGGCCAGAACAGUGUCCCUGAUGAGGAGUCUAAGCCAGCCACUGCACACACUCAGGUAGAAGGUGACGAGGAGGCUGCCUUACAGGAGCGUCUGGCUAGGCGAGAAGAGAGACGUCAAAAGCGCCUUCAGGAAGCCUUAGAGCGUCAGAAGGAGUUUGACCCCACCAUCACAGAUGCCAGCCUCUCAGUCUCAAGCAGAAAGAUGCAAAAUGACAGGGCAGAAAACGAGCCAACAGAGAAGGAAGACAAAAGAGAGAGUCGCCCGGGACGGUAUGAGGUGGAAGAAACAGAAGUAGUCAUCAGCUCCUACCAGAAGAACAACUAUGAGGAUGCUGAAGACAAAAGGAAUGAAGAAAAGGAGGAGGAGCAGGAAGAGAAGCUGAAGGGAGGGAGCCUUGUCGAAAAUCAGGAAGAAGAAAAGGGAGCUAAAGGGCCAGCUCAGAGACAAACAUCCCAAGACAACAAGCCUGCCUUCAGAAAGGAAGAGAUCAAAGAUGAGAAGAUUAAAAAGGACAAAGAGCCCAAAGAAGAACUCAAGGGCUUCUUGGAUCGCAAGAAAGGAUUUACAGAAAUGAAGGCGCAGAACGGAGAAUUCAUGACACACAAACUUAAACAAACCGAGAAUGCUUUCAGCCCCAGCCGCUCGGGAAGCCGGGCCACUGGGGACAAGGAAGCUGAAGGUACUCCACAAGUGGAAGCCGGCAAGAGGUUGGAGGAGCUGCGCCGGCGCCGUGGGGAGACCGAGAGCGAAGAGUUCGAAAAACUCAAACAGAAGCAACAGGAGGCAGCCUUGGAGCUGGAGGAGCUGAAGAAAAAAAGAGAAGAGAGAAGGAAAGUCCUGGAGGAAGAGGAGCAGAGGAGGAAGCAGGAGGAGGCUGAUCGAAAAGCUCGAGAGGAGGAAGAGAAGAAGAAGCUGAAGGAAGAGAUUGAAAGGAGAAGGGCAGAAGCUGCGGAGAAACGCCAGAAGAUGCCAGAAGACGGUCUGUCCGAGGACAAGAAGCCAUUCAAGUGCUUCACGCCUAAAGGCUCGUCUCUCAAGAUAGAGGAACGAGCAGAAUUUUUGAAUAAGUCUGUGCAAAAAAGUGGUGCCAAAUCUACUCAUCAAGCAGCAGUCGUCUCCAAGAUUGACAGCCGCCUGGAGCAGUACACCAAUGCAAUUGAGGGGACAAAAGCUUCAAAGCCUACUAAGCCUGCAGCAUCGGAUCUUCCUGUCCCUGCUGAAGGCGUCCGCAAUAUCAAGAGUAUGUGGGAGAAAGGGAAUGUGUUUUCCUCCCCCUUUGCCUCGGGAACACCAAAUAAGGAAACUGCUGGCCUGAAGGUGGGCGUUUCCAGCCGCAUCAACGAAUGGCUAACUAAAUCUCCAGAUGGCAACAAGUCACCGGCUCCCAAGCCUUCCGACUUAAGGCCAGGAGAUGUAUCCGGCAAGCGAAACCUCUGGGAAAAGCAACCUGUGGAUAAGGUCACCUCCCCCGCUAAGCAGGUUUGAAACAAUCGGAGAAAGAACCCAACUGCAAGAUGCCUUGCUGGACCAGCUCAAUUGUAGGGGGCUAAUUGCUCUGUUUAUAUUUAUGUCGAUUUACUAAAUUGGGUUCAUUUUCCUUUUGAAAAAAAAUUUUCCAAUAUCCCAGUAAACCCAUGUAUAUGCUCACUAUAUUUAAUAACCACAACUAGAGAUGUUCAUGAUCAAAGUACUGCCUUUGCAGAGGAGCCUGUUUCUAAAGAAACCCAUGCUGUGAAGUAGACUCGCUACUGUCGUCUGAACAGUGACACCAACCACAUUGGAAGUCAACAAAAGGAAUCUGGGGUUAAGAUUAUCUGAGGCAUGCAUGCAGUGACUAGGGGGCGGGA